CCGGCCGGCCAUUUUUACUGUGGGCAUUAGCCUGUCGUGUCCUAGCGCCUAUCUGCGCAUGCGCAAGUCUUCCCUUGCUUGCCUUUUCCAAGUAGCUUCGAGAGCUGAGCCUCCCGCGCCACCUCUAUGCGCCUGCGUACUGUGAGCCUGCUCCGCCCGGGAGGCGGGUCUUAGCUCCAGGUGCGUACGGCGGCUGGUGUGGCGGAACUGCUAACUGUGAAGAGGGGCGGCGUGAGAGCGAUGAGAACGGGUCCGGCCCGGGAAGUGGUUUCUGCCGGCCCUCGGGAACCUCAGAGUACCGGCUCUUGAUCCGUGGGCGGGGUCCUCAGAGGGGACUGAGCGCCCUCUCCUGGGAACCGGCGGUCUGGUCGCAGGGACCACAGCUGGAGCCUGAUUGGUUGGGGAGACAUCCCUAAAUCCCUGGGGAACCCAAUCCCUUGGGGGAGCCGGGGGAUCCCCAGUUUAGUACUCCUGCCUCUCCUAUAAUCGUAGGGCUCCAUCCUAGUGGCCUAUGUCCCUUGUUCGGGGUCAUGGAGACAUUGCGGCCACCACGGCUCCGCCUCUGUCCGAAGAAGGGGAAGUGACCUCCGGCCUCCAAGCUCUGGCCGUGGGGGAUCGCGGGGGCUCCUCGGCUUCAGCCAAUCAAGCCGAGGAAGAGGGGGAAGGAGGCCGGGAGGAGGCCGAGGCUGAGGGGUCUGGGGCCGAGGAGGUGCAGGGGGAAGCCCCCAGCGCGGAGGGGGAAGAGCGGGCCGAGAGAGAAUCCGAGGACUGGUGCGUGCCCUGCAGCGAUGAGGAGGUGGAGCUGCCCGCCGAUGGGCAGUCCUGGAUGCCGCCCCCCUCCGAAAUCCAGAGGCUCUAUGAACUGCUGGCUGCCCACGGUACCCUGGAGCUUCAGGCCGAGAUCCUGCCCCGCCGGCCACCCACGCCUGAAGCCCAGAGUGAAGAGGAGAGAUCCGACGAGGAACCAGAGGCCAAAGACGAGGAAGAGGAAAAACCCCACAUACCCACAGAAUUUGACUUCGAUGAUGAGCCAGUGACACCAAAGGACUCCCUGAUUGACCGGAGACGCACCCCAGGAAGCUCAGCCCGGAGCCAGAAACGGGAGGCCCGCCUGGACAAGGUCCUCUCGGACAUGAAGCGACACAAGAAGCUGGAGGAGCAGAUCCUUCGGACGGGCAGGGAUCUCUUCAGCCUGGACUCAGAGGACCCCAGCCCCACCAGCCCCCCACUCCGGCCCUUGGGGAGUAGUCUCUUCUCCCGGCAGCGGAAAUAUUGACUGUGGCUGCCUUAGGGUGUAGGAUGUGGACCUUCCGGGGGGCCCUGACCUCCUUCCCUAACCCGGGGUGCUGGGAAACUUGAGAAGAGGGGAGAAGCUCCAAGCUCCCAACACAGCACCUUGCCAGAAAGAGAAUGAGCGUGUGUGUAUGUUUCCGUUUCCUGUUGAACAUCU